AAGCGGCCCGUGACAAACAGGUGCUGGACAGGAAGUCAUCGUUCAACAAAACUCAACUGUCGCUGUAGUGAGUUUUCGUCUGAAACUCUGCCGAUACUGUUGUUACCGAGCGGGAUUAAAAGAUAAAAAUACGACAAAAACAGCGCCAAACAUCAAAGAUGGCGGAGGAAAACAUCUUCUUCUUCGUUCCUAAUUUGAUCGGUUACGCUCGUAUCGUGUUGGCUCUGCUGUCGUUCUACCUGAUGCCCUGCUGUCCGUGGCCCGCCGUCUUCUGCUACCUGGUCAGCGCGCUGCUCGACGCUUUUGACGGCCACGCUGCACGAGCGCUCAAUCAGUCCACCAAGUUCGGUGCGAUGAUGGACAUGCUGACAGACCGCUGCGCCACCAUGUGUCUGCUGGUCAACCUGUCGCUGCUCUACCCCUCCUACACCUUCCUGUUCCAGCUCAGCAUGUGUCUGGACAUCGCCAGCCACUGGCUGCACCUGCACAGCUCAACAAUUAAAGGAUCAGCCAGUCACAAGACCAUCGACCUCUCCGGCAACCCGAUCCUCCGGAUCUACUACACAUCAAAGCCGGUGCUGUUCGUCAUGUGUGCGGGGAACGAGCUCUUCUUCUGUCUGCUCUACCUUCUCCAUCACAUCGAGGAACCUGCAGCCUGGAUCUACUGGCUGCAGGGACUCUGCGGGACCAUCUGCCUGCUGAAGUCCGGCAUCAGCCUCCUGCACCUCAUCACCGCCUCCCAGAACAUGGCCGCCCUGGACGCCGCCGAGCGAGAGAAAGCCGCCAAGAAGCAGUGAGAGAGGAGUCGGUGAAAAAACACGCCACUGUUUUUUUUUUUUUUUAUUUAUAUUUACUUGUUGACUUGAACUGCAGCGACUUAAACACGGUGUUUGUUCAGCGAAGCCAGAGAGAAAAGUUUUAUGACCAAAAUAUCAGAUCAGAAAAUUCCAAAUCAGGCAGAAAGAAGAAGAAGAAGAAGAAGAUCGUCUCCAGUAAACAUUCAUUCAUCUACAGUAAACAGGAAAUCUCCAUAUCACCAUAGAAACUGACAUUAGAAACAACAGAUAAAAGUUUCUUUAUCAGCUAUAUUUCUCUAUAUUAGUGUCAUUUAAUAUAAAGAUAUUAUUAAUGUUAUUUUAGUGCUAUAACAGUUUGUCACUUAUUUGGUCCGUUGAUGGACAUAAAACUGAAAAUGAAACUUAUUUAUUAUAAUCAGUGAAACGUUUUCAGCCGAACAUGUCGAUCAGAUCAGAUUCAGCGUCUUCAUUGUGACAGUUUGUUUUUUUUUUUUUUCCUGUUUUAUGUCAUAAACUGAAUAUUUAUUCAAGCAAAACAACAUUUGAAGACGUCAAAGGGAACUGUGAGGAACAUCAAAUAACUGUUUGAUUAAUCUAUAAUGAGAAUGAUCGUUAGCUUUAGCCCUGUUUUUGAUUAUUUUAUCUUUUCAUACAUGUUUCUAUUUUGGAAGUAAGUUAAAAAUGUUUUUUUUAUUGUGCAGCAGACGGUUUACUUUUUGUCUAGAUGGUUUAAUUAUUUAAUUUUUGUUGCAGGGCUGCGAGUAACGAUUCUUUUCUUUAUCGAUUAAUUUGCUUUUUGACUGUAAAAUGCUGGUUAUCAUUCACCACAUGUCCUGUUCAGUCUUUAUGUGUCAUGUUUGUCACAUAAAAGCUGAUUUUUGGCAUAUUUGAGUAAAAAAAAAAUGACUAAAAUAAUUGUUAAAUUAUUAAGAUAGUUGCAGAUUAGUUUUCUGUCCGUCGACUAGUUGUUACAGCUUAAAGUUUUAAUGAUCUUGAAUGAAGCUUUGCUCUGUAUUAAUAAUAAUAAUAAUAAUAAUUAUAUGACAAUACAGGAGACGGAGCUAAAAAUGUGACGAUUGUUACUCGACCUCAGGAUCCGAAAUGAUUCUUUAAUAUCUCGACGUCAGCGGCUGCUGCAGGUCCUGUUAGCAUUUAGCAUUUAGCAUUCAGUAACGAUGGUGAGUUUGUGAAGGGAAAUAUUCUCUCCGUAUGAGAGUAAAAUUAAUUUCUAGAGCAACGAAGGCUGAUGUUUUGUUUUAUAAUCUGAAUCUUUCGACAUGAUUUGAUUUUAAAGCCUCAGUUUAGUUUUAGUAGCACUUUGUUUAUCCUGAUGUUCCUCAUCUGAUGUCUGAAGAUGAAACACAUGACAAUCAAAUCUAUAUUUCAAAUUAUAAAAAAAAAAAGUCAGAGACGAUAUCUGGUAAAUAUUAGUAAAAGUGAGAAUCAUUGAAAAGUAUUUUUACAGUAAAUAAUGUUCUGAAAUUGAUGACCAGUCAACACAACCAGUGUGUGACAUCAAAUACAACCAAAUGUCUUAAAUUAUCUGAAUAUUGUAAAGAGUUUAUGAGUUGUAACUUAAUUAAUGGUGAAUAGAUCAUUUAAUGAUGUUUUUAAUUCAGUUAUAAGCCGUUAAUAUUCAAAGAACUGAAGUUUCUGGCUGGUUGUCUCCAGUCAGAAAUGACAGUUCUGUUAAAUUAUAAACAUAAUAAAAGUUUCUUACAAUAAUUCAUAAAUAAAUGUUAAUAAUAAUAAUCUGAGACGUCCUGCAGAUCGUUUACAGGUCAAACUGUUUCCUGCUGGAGGAUAAAAACCAACACUGAUCCAUAAAACGUUAGUAAAUGAUGUAUUAACCUUUAAUAAAGCAGCUGGUUAUAAAAGUUAAGUGACUAUAAAGCCUCGUUCAGACUGAUGUACGUCUGUAGAGCUGAUCAGUUAUAAUUACAGCUUCUAUUAUUAUUAUUAUUAUGUUAUUAUUAUAACUGCUCAGUGAACUUUUUCCUUUGAUUAAAAAAAUGUCUUUGCUGAUCUGACAGACGGAAACAUGCCGACAGCAACAUAUCAGCCUCGUUUUCAGCGGAUAUUUGUUUACGUUUUGGCUAAAAGUCGUGAAUCAGCUGUUUGCAGCGUAACACAGACGAACUGAUGACGUGCUGAUUCUGCAGCCUCGUGUUUCCUCUGGUCAGAUCCCGUCGUCUCUCCGCCGUUAAAACGCCUCCAUGAGCUCAACUACGGAGGAGCACAGUGAACAUGUUUGAGCUGCAAUAAUGAUUAUUUUCAUGAUCAAUCUGUUGAUUGUUUUCUCCAUUAAUCGAUUAGUUGUUUGGUCCAUAAAAUAUCAGAAAAUAAUCAGCAGAUUCAUCGAUGAUAUUUUCUUGUUCAUCUCGGUGUAUCAGUACAGCGACAAGGCUGCAACUAUUGAUAAUUUUCAUUGAUUUAUUUGCUGAAUAUUUUCUUGAUUAUCUGUUUGCUAAAUGUCUUUAAUUUCUUUAAUCCCAAAAUGACGUCUUCAUACAUCCUUUUUUGUCGCGACCAACCCAAAAAUAUUCAGUUUACAGUCAGAGUUUGAAUAUUUCUUUCAUGAAAAAAAUGACUCAAACAGACGAAGCAAUUAUCAAAAUAGCUGCCAACUAAUCAAUUAAUCAUCACAGCUCUAUAAUAUUUGACUUCAUCCAGUCUGAACGGAGUUUAAUUAGAAUCUGCUGCUUCACCUUCUGCAUUCAAACAAACUAUCUGUAACUUUUCUGGGACAACAGCUGCUGUUUUAGUGUCUCCAGUCAGCUGAUCGAACAUAAUUAUCCACAAGCAAAACCUGCCUUUUAUUCCUCACUUUGUUUUUUUUUGUUUUACUGUUAAUUUUCUGAUUUGACCAAAACAGCCGAAGCUUUCACUGAGUCCAUGCAGAUAACAUCCUUUUUAUUAUUAUCACAAACAAAAGCAAAAAGUGUUUCUGUUGAAAUAUUCCUGUGUGUGUGACGUCCGAGCCACUAUCUCUGCUGUUCUUACAUGUUCAUUUCUUGAGAUUCCUGCUAAUAAUUUUGAUGUUGAUUAAACGGUAAUUGUUGCACUUAGAAGGAUCAGUUAGUGCUUUUAUUUUGACAUAUAUGACUUUUAUUUUGUGGUAGAAGAGUCAAUUUAGGAACAAAUAGAAAGUUAUACCUCACGUGAAGAGCACCAAGUAUUAUCGUUUUGUGGUUGUUGCGUUGUACGUUUUUUAAAGUCACUGACCACAUGUGUGUGUGUGUGUGUGUGUGUGCAGCUGAUGGACUACUGUAAAGCCAAGUUUCAAUGCAGAAUGUGUGAAAGUGUUGAAAUAUAAACAGUCGCCUCUUGUUUUUGAUGGAACUUAUUUCCUAGAAUGUAUUAUUAUAAAAUACUGAUGUUUAUCAGCAGGAUGCAGCAAAGCCAAGUCUCAUGUUAUAUUUAAAAAAAUAUAUAUAUUAUUGGUAGUAGUUUAAAAUAUUUGAUGGUUAUUUUGUUUGCAGUGAAAGUGGUUUGAAUUUACUGUAAAAUCAGCUGCAAAAUAAAGACGAUGAAAACAAGA